CCAUGCCGGGCGGGCGCCACGUCAGGCGGGGCGGGGCCGGGGCGGGAUGCGGAUAGGGAUGACGAUGGGGACGGCGAUGAGGACGCGGGUCGGAGCGCGGGUCCUGGUGCUGGCUGCGCUGCUGUGCGCGCUGCGGCCCGGCCGGGCCGGCGGCACCGAGCUGACCUUCGAGCUGCCCGACAGCGCCAGGCAGUGCUUCCACCAGGAGCUGCAGCGCGGCCUCAAGUUCACGCUGGACUAUCAGGUGAUCACCGGGGGACACUAUGAUGUGGACUGCUAUGUGGAGGACCCCAACGGCAGGACAGUCUACAAGGAAACCAAGAAGCAAUACGACAGCUUCUCGCACCGCACCGAAGUGGAGGGUGUCUACACCUUCUGUUUCAGCAACGAGUUCUCCACCUUCUCCCACAAAACUGUCUACUUCGACUUCCAGGUGGGCGAUGAGCCACCGAUCCUGCCUGACAUGAGCAACCGCGUCACCGCCCUGACACAGAUGGAGUCCGCCUGUGUCACCAUCCAUGAGGCUCUGAACACAGUGAUCGACUCCCAGACUCACUACCGCCUCCGGGAAGCACAGGACCGGAGCAGAGCUGAAGACCUCAAUGGCCGGGUCUCAUACUGGUCAGUUGGGGAAACCCUCAUCCUCUUUGUGGUCAGCAUCGGGCAAGUGAUGCUGCUCAAAAGCUUCUUCACUGAGAAGAGACCCGGCAGCAGUGGGGCCAGCACUUAGAGCCACAGCCAUGCUGUGCCCAAAAUGCUGGGCGAAGCGGGGCGGCAGUGUUCUCCUGGCUCAGGCUUUACCUCUAUUUUCUGCAAGGUGCUGCCACCGGGAGGUGGCUCUGGGGGAAAUGGGAGAGUGUGAUGCUGCUGAGCCAGAUGAAAAAUAGUCACCAAAGUGCCGGCGGCCCCAGCAAAUUACCCCCAGCAUCAUUCCCCAUUUUGCCUGUGCUUGCCUUGCCUCUCUGUCCUCUCUCCUGGCUGGUCUGUCCACGCUCAGCGGCUCCACCAGGGCAGCGGGUGGGUGUGCUGGGGUUUGGCAUCAACAUUCCAGCCCCUUGUCCAAUGCCUGGUGCCCCUUCAGAGCCCAAUGGGACUGCAAGGUGCAGCCUGGUGGCAAGCGAGACCCCUUGCUGCCCAUACACACCCCGCAGGGCCAGGAGCUCUGCCCAGGCUGGCAAGAGGACGGGGCAACGCUGACCUCCCAGCACCCCCAGCACCCACCUCCUGAGUGCUCUUGCCUCAAGCCCACCUGCUGCCAGCCCAGAGCAGAGCUAUCUGCCAGCUGUGGGCCCUGAGCUACAGGCAGAGCCAUGAGCACAGCUACCCCAUCUGCCCACAGCAGGCAGGGCGCUGCCCGCAGCCAGCAGGGUGUCCCCACAGAAGGCAGGGUCUCCCCGCAGCAGGGCCAGGGCUGGCAGCAGCAUCCCACAGCUGCUGGCUGAAAAACAGAGGCGAGGUUUCAGCAGGGGCUUUUUGCUUGGUGGUUUCCAUUGCUGUGCAAGCCCCUGUCCUCACAACAAAGUAUUUCCCAAAGCCGCCUCUGCCACGGGAGUGAGCAGCGCACCCCGUACCAGAUGGUAUUUUCAUACUUACACAAGCCCACACCUGGGGCUUGGUCCCCCUGCGCAUCCUGCCAUGCCCAGCAGAGCAGGAGCAGGCACAGCUCUGCCCCCUGUGCCCAGGGAGCCUCAUCUGCACCCCAGCAGCAGUGAGGAACCCCUGUGUCCCUGUGACUGCAGCCCCAUUCCCUGGAGCCCCACCAAACAGAGACCCCAAUGAGAGUCUCAGCAGCCCUGCGCAGCACAGGAUUGCACCUGUGGAGCUGGGGCAGCACCGUCAGCAUCUGACUUUGCCACUUCGUAAUAAACCCCUGCGAUUGUG